AUGGCCAGCAACUUGGACUUUCCACGCAUUUACUUGCUACCAAGUCAUCUCGAGCCGUCGCAGCUUCACUAUUUUGAGGAUGUCGUGCCGUCUCUCACCUACAACAUUCAGGAAGCGGAGCUCGUGCUUGGAAAAAUAUCGAAACGAGAGCGUGCUGAAUUCGAAUUAAGGCGGCUUAAAUUGAAAAUCCGUCCAUGGCUGGGCGAAGAUCCUCCUUCAGUUACGCACACCAUCGCUCCUGUUGUCAAGGAGUCUUUGGAGGGGCAUCCCGGCCCAAAACGUCGAAAACUAGGAGACGUCGAGCAUUUAGGUCCUGGCAUAGCGAAGGGGAAUAUGGUUCAGGUUCUCAGAUUGUCAUGGCUGACUGAUUGUCUUGCUCAAGGGAAGCUUCUUCCAGUUGACAAUUACCUCUUGUGUGAAGGCUUCAAAAUCGCGUCGGAUGUCGAUUCCCGCGGAGAGCGACGUGAGACACAAAAUGUCUCUACUGGUGCAAUUGUUCAACGUGCCGCCGAGGACCAUGCAGUGAAUUCCGCAAAUCGGAUCACAUCGUCGGCUUUGCAUUUCGAUGCCAAUGGCCCACGCCGUGUUAGACACCGGCCGCCGCCAUUAGAACGACAGACAACCUCGGAACAUGACACCCAGCCUCCUGCGAUCCCAGACUUCCUUCAUACAACAUAUUCGUGUCAACGACCAACCCCUUUGCAUCCUCCAAACGAAGAGUUCAUCCUGGAGCUAAAGAAAAUUCGGACCUUCCGAAUACUUCAGGGCAAUCAAAUCGGGGCACGUGCAUACUCAACAUCGAUUGCCGCGCUAUCAGCAUAUCCACACGUGAUCAAGGGUCCCCAUGGCAAGUAA